GAAAUAAUAAAGAAAGUUAAGUGAAGUUCCUAAGUUCUCUAAGUUCUAAAACUUUCUUCUUCUUAAAUUUGUUCCUUUGUCUUUCAAAUUCUUAAACACCUUCUCCAUCACUCUUAAAAGUUUUUUCUUUCCAACACUGUCCUCAUACGAUGAGGGAGAAAAUCACAUCAGCUAUUGGUUUUGUUGGGCAAGUCUCCUUCCUCGUUUUCGCUGAUAAGAAAACAUGGUCGACUGAGUUGAAAAGAAAAUUUUGGGAAGCCGGAUUUGAACAUCGUCGGCUUAGCCCUAGUAAAUAAAGUAGCGUCACAAUCGUGUUGGAGAAGCAAAGGGAAUCAAGAGAAUGGCUCAGAGACUAGAGAGAGAUGACGAAGCCGAUGGAUGGGAACGCUCCGAUUACUCAAUCACCUGCGAAUCUUGCCUCGGUGACAUAAACCUAUUACCCUAAACCGAGUUUUCUUUUCUUUUUGAUACUAAAUGAGUAGGAGCAUUAUUAAUAUUGCUAUAUUUAUAUCCGUUAAUUUUUUUUUUUUGGAACAUGUGCUUAUGAAAUCCGUUAAUUGCGUACUAAUAUGUAAAACCACAUGCAUGCAUAUACAUGGAUUAUAUAUAUGUAAUCUUAGAGGACCGUCAUUCCUUACUUGUAAGAAAAGAAACCUGAAACCGAGUUAACAUCAUCAAAAUCAUCAUCCUCGGAAUCCACAUCAAGGAGCUGUGGUGGUGAUGAUGCGAUGCGAGCUCCAGUCAAGUGGGAACGUCUUCUGCCAAAAACAAGGCUUGACCCAUGGAAAGCCCAGCCCGCUAUUUGACAGCUAUAAAUCGAGUCAUGUAGCCCUAAAAUCUCAUCAUAAAGUCGAGAUUCACACAUUCACAAAAGUCUCUUGAUCAUAAAAUCGCGCGAGAAAAACCUAGUUUCAUCCCGCAGCGUCUGCCUCACCAUGUCGAGAUUGUUCAACGUGGAAAAGACACGUGUCUCCCACUUGCGUGAAACAUAUGUGAUGUGGGACAUGGAUGGUUUCUCAAUCCCAGCUGACAGUCUCUUCCCUUAUACGAUUAGGGAUCAAAUCAAAUCAAGAAUAGAAAAGGACGGUUUUUAUGGGCCUGUGUACUUCUCGGUGUAUGGAUGUUCGAAUACAUGGUCGACUGAAUUGGAAAACCGACUUUGAUACCAAUCCUAUCCAAGAGGUGAAAUUUGCCGGGCUUCACUCGCUUUUAGUGGACCUUGUUUGCUGGUCAUUCGUUCUGGAUAAGCCAACAAAUUUUCUGAUACUCUCAGAAAACAAGGAGAUGAUGGAACAAAACCCUAGAUUCUCCUGUCUUCGUGAAGCUUUAGAAAAUAAAGGUUUCGCUAUUACCUUGUCACAGCUUGAGACACUCAUGGACCCAGAAUUUCAUAUGCCUGAAUACAUCGCAACUGAUGAUCUCCUCGAGCCAUGCCGAUGAGAAUGCUCACAAGAAGCUGCCUGAAUGGGCUAAGUAAGAAACUGCCUCUCAAUGGGCUUGUGAAGAUAUCUCCCCUGUUUUCGAGGAUUCGUUAUUUUAAGACUCUUAUUACUUGGGACAAGAGAAGACCAGAACGCGAACAUGUCAACAAAGCUCUAAUACGAUCAAAGAAAACAACAUAAUAAAACGAGUGAUGGACGGUGAGAAUGUUUUCUAAAACAAGACCGAAGGACCAUGAAGACUAAUCAAAUCCCCAAAUGCUAUGAAAAAUAAAGGGGAUGCACGUUCCAGACUUUACAUGAGUUUAACGGAUCAUAUUUACUGGACAUUCAACAUGAGAUAUCCAUCAAAUUUUCUGAUGCUCUCUCAAAACAAGGAGAAGAUCGAACAAGACCCCAAAUUCUGCCUUUUUCGUGAAGCUCUAGAAAACAAAGGUUUCUAUGUUGCCUUAGCACAGCCUGAGACACUCAUUGACCCGGAUUCUGCCUUUUAAGGACGCUGAUUUUGAUUUUGAUCUUGAUCUCGAGUCAGCUUAUCGUGGCUACUCAAGUAUAUGGCCUGGUAAAGAGCUUAGCUCAGAAGAAGAAACUGCCCCUGAAUGGCUUGUGGACUUUCUUCCCUGUUUUCAGGCUAGUAAAUUUUUGAAAUAAAGUCCCAAGUCAAACAUUUGUUCUAUCAAUCAGUGAGGGUUUGUUUCAUGUACGAUGCUUGCUUACAUUGAACAUCCGGUGAGA